GAUAUUUUUGGUGUUGUUUGCUGAGCAGCUCCGACUCGUCGUCAGUUGUCAAUGUCGUGAGCGGCUUAGCAGCCUCUUCACAUCGCUAUCGUACCUUAUUUAAGCUCGGUCCGGCAACGUACUCUGCAAAUAACUCCCACAACACCCAUGACUGAAGACCUAUUUUUGUUCCAUUUUCCCGCCAAUGACCCAAAUACACUCUCCAGAGACUGUAAACUCGAAUACGAAAUUUGUUGCAGCCGACACCCAACGUAUCCUCGCCGGGAAGCUCUUUGAUACCUACCAGUUACAAUUCCUGCCUUCGCAGACUAUAAUAGUCUCAAAGAGCACGGGUAUCAUCCUCAAUGUCGAAAGCACAAAUCCGAGCGACCUCGACCCUUCCCAGAUGUCCUCAGGCAAUACUAUAGAUUUGAGGCAUCUGACGAUCCUUCCAGGGUUUGUCGACACUCACGUCCAUUUUUUCCUGCAUUCCUACGGGGAAACAUCGUGGGACGACCAGACUACAAAAGAGAGCCUUGUGGAGAGAACAAUCCGGGCCACCGUCCACGCACGCAAAACCUUGAUAUCUGGCUUCACAACCGUAAGGGAUCUUGGAACCGAAGGCGCUGAAGACGCCGACAUAUCUCUACGAAAAUGUUUGUCUGGUCCUAAUCCGUUGAUUCCAGGACCAAGAUACUUUUGUGCGAACCGAGCCAUAGUUUGUACCGGGAGUUAUGGACCCAAAAGCUCCCUCCACAUGAAUCUGGAAGGACUAGAAGGCGUAACCGGCGCAGAAGUAGCAGAUGGAGUUGAUGAAUGCAUACGAGCUACUAGGCGGCAAAUCGGUGCAGGAGCUGACUGGAUAAAGAUUUACGCUGACUACCGAUUCCGGUCUCGCAUGAAUGGUCUUUCGCCACGGUUUGCAGGCAUGCCAUUACCAACAUUCAAUGAACUCGAACUCGGAGGUAUGAUCAAUACGGCACAUUCACUAGGUAUUAAAGUCGCUGCUCAUGCCAGCAAUACCAAUACCAUCGUGAAACUUCUCGAGCUCGGUGUAGACUCCAUCGAACAUGGGUCAACACUUACUCCACACCCAGACUCCCUCAUGCGAUUACUGAGUACCACCCCUAAUACAAUUUGGGUCCCUACUCUCGCGGUAUCUUAUUAUCAGGUUCAAUUCACUGAGGGAAAGGACCCGCGCGCAAACCAGGCUUGGCAGUCAGUCAGCGAGAUGUUCCAGCGCGCUCUGGCAAUAGGGAUGGAUAACAUCGCAUGUGGGGGUGACACUGGGGCAUUUCCGCACGGAGAGAACUCAUUGGAGAUGAAACUGAUGGUGAGACUCGGGGCGGAUUGGAAGAAGGUGCUGAAAUGGGCCACUUUGGGUGGAUGGGAGUGUAUUCGGCCCAUGGGUUGGGAGGUGGUGAAUGCUACCGCCGGUAGUCAUGAUAUGCCAUUAGGCGAUAAUGACCAUCGUUUUGGGUGUAUAAAGCCAGGCUGGGCGGCUGAUCUGGUUGGCGUGGAGGGUGAUUUUGAGAAGGACUUCGAAGGAACAGUGGAUAAUGUGCAGUUUGUGAUGAAGGCAGGGAGGAUAUACAAAUUAGAUGGAAAAGAGCUUGUGUGACUGAUCUUCCGAUCGUAUUCCUCGAUACAGUACUUAUCAAUGAGAAUUUAAUCAUUACCAUCCGCAAAUACUCGGAGUACCGCAAUGCAUACACGUACACAAAAUACACUUUCAACUUUAACCUUGCAGCCUUCCUCUCAAUAACAGAUCUUAGAAGUCAUCCAUAUACUGCGGGUAACGGGCAUCACCCAUGGAUUCGGUGAUGACACCUUAUAAAA